AUGCAGCCGUCGCAAAUUCCUCUCCCACCCACCAUCACCCACCCCAUCGCCUUCCCGCUCGCCACGAAACGCCUUCUCGUCCCCCGCCCACUUUCUCCUCCCAUCGCCUGCCUGGUCGCCUUCGCGCUCGCACUCAAACGCUCUCCCCGCGCCCUUCCUCUCUCCCUUCCCAUCACCGACCUCGUCGCCCUCGUGCUCGUCCCGAAAUGCCUUCCCAUCGCCUUUCGCCGAGAUUUUGUGGGGCUAAAGAAACGGAAUGGGGAGAGUGAGCGAGGGCGAGAAGAUUUUUGGGAGGAAGCGGAAGAGGAGGAGGAGGAGGAGGAGGAGGACGAGGAGGAGGAAGAGGAGGAGGAGGAGGAGGAGGAGGAGGAGGAGGAGGAUGAGGAGGAGGAGGAGGAGGAGGAGGAGGAGGAGGAGGGGGAGGAGGAAGAGGAGGAGGAGGAAGGGGAGGAGGAGGAGGAAGAGGAGGAGGAAGAUGAUGAGGAGGGUGUGGGCUGA